CACAGAUUUUCCGGAGAUAAAUCAGGCUUGACCAUCCUGAUUGCCUCCUACAAUGAAAUAACUUGCUCAGUCCACUUUCUGUGGACUUCACCUACCUUGAUUUUAGCAAGGCGUUGGACAUGGUCGCCCAUAACAUCCUUGCUGACAAGCUGGUAAGAUACGGACUGGAAAGGUGGACUACAAGAUGGGUAGAAAACUGACAGAACUACUGAGCUCAAAGGACGAUAAUUCAUUUCUUGAAGUAGAACUAGCAGCCAGUCACGAGCAAAAUUCCUCAAGGGUUGGCUAUUCGAUAUCUUUAUAAGUGACGUGGAUGAUAGGAUUGAAUGUGCUUUCAACAGGUUUUUGGAUGAUGCAGUGGGAGGUAGGCAUGCUAGAAGGAAGAUUAACCGUUCAAAGAGACCUUGAUAGGCUAGAAGACUGGGCCAACAAGAAUUGCAUGAGGUUUAGCAAAGAUAUACAUGAAGACCUGUAUCUGGGAUGGAAUAGUAGUCCCUAGUAGCAGUGUAGGCUGGGGCCAGCAGGGCUGGAGAGCAGCUCUGAGUUCGAGAAGGCCUUGGGGGCCUGUUGAGCAGUGAGCUGAGUACAGGCCAGCCAUGCACCCAGGCAGCACCAAAGGCAGCUGGUCCUGUGCGGCACCAGUAAAAGAAUAGCCAGCAGGUCAACGGAUGUGAUCAGCCAUGUAUGCAGCACUUGUUAGGCCGUAUUGGGAAUAGUGCAUCCCGUUUUGGUCCCGUGGUUUAAGGGAGGCAUUGAAAAACUGGAGAGGGUGCAGCAAAGGACCACCAAGAUGGUUAAAGGGUUAGAAAGCUUGUCAUGUGAGGAAAGAAUGGUGGUAUUAGAUUUGUACAGCCUAAAGAAAGCUUGGGGGAGAUGAUCACAGUCUUCAAUACCUAAAAGGUACUUAUUGAGAAGAUGGAUGGAUGUCUCUUUACAAGGAGGGACAGUGACAGCACAAGAGGGAACAGGCGCAAGUUAUUUCAGGGGAAGUUCCAUCUGGGUAUAGGAAUGUGAUUUUUCACCUUGAGAAUAAUUAGGUGCUGGACUAGGUUACCCAGAAAAGUGGUGAACUCUUGCUGAAAAUAUUCAAGACUCAGCUUGGCAGGGGCCUGGAUAACCUGAUCUAAAGCACUGUUUCCACCAGAAGGCUGAACUAGGUGAUCUCAGAGGUCCCUUUUUCUGUGACACUAUGAUGCUAGUGGAUUUUUGAGGCAGGAUUACCAUGAAUGGGAAACAAGGAGUGUGACUGCAAAACUGUCCUUUUGUCACUAGGGAAAACUACAAACACAUAUGAAUUCUCAUUCUUUUGGGUAGCACUUUGUUACACUUUUACUUGUAACCCUUCAGUUUUCAUGCCCUCUCUACUACACACCACUGGAGAUGCUAUAAAGAGAAGAGGGCCUUGCUCCCAGAAAAAAAUGAAUUUUUGUUCCAAAUCUGCAUGAUUUGCUCAUUGCAUUCAACCUUUAGCUUCUAGCAAUGGCCUUCUGUUUCAGGGAAUAUGAAAAACUACCUCUUCUUAGUGAUAACACGUUGUAGUCAUUUCUGAUACUUGCAGGUACUCAGAUCUUACCAUGCAGAACAAGAUGUGAUAAUUUCUUCAGAGCUCCCACUUGAAUCAUUUCUAUUUUUUGGAUCUGUUGUUUUGCUACAUCCAUGUCUGCAUUUUGGAAUGCUCCUGUGCUACCACGUGGAAAAAGCUAGGCAAGCAUUUGUGUCUCAGUUCCGGGAAAUUCAGUGCUCAAAAGUCUCCCCCUAAUGUUUGGCCACGUCUCCUAACGUUUGGGGUCUUAUUGAGGAACAUGUGAAUUUUCAGCCUAAACUAGAAUGAUAUCCAACUGGCUUCUAUAUUUUUCUCAGUACUGAAUAACUGUUGCUUCCCUAAGACCUUUCAGAGCCAAUUAGGGGAUUCACCUGAUAGCACUUGUGUACUUCCAUAUAGGGAAGAGCUGUGUUGUCACAGAUCUGCUGAUAUUCACCCAACCACUGUGUUUUGAGUUGUAUUAGAGAGUCAAUAUAUCUACAUUUGAUGCAGUUCCAGACGCUGCCUCUGACUCUUUUGAAGCUUUUAUAGCAAAAGAGCCUCACAUGGCAGCCUCCAGGACUGGUGCUGACGUCCAGAAUGCUCCAGCUUCCCAGACCUUCAAGCCCGGGAGCUAUCUGAGCUUACAGCGUGGUUCUCCCAGGACACACGUGAGUUCCAGCGAACGACACUAUUUUUUAGCUGAUAACAAAAAUUCAAAGGGGGAAAAAAGGUAAGCAAGCUGUACGCAUUUGCCUGCCACCACAGCCUUGCUGCUAAGCAAUCUUAGGGUUUAGAUUAGAGACUUUUAAAUAAGAAUCCACCCUCCUUCAUCUCCCCUUUUCCCUGCUGGACAUGUCCUUCUCCUCUCCUUUCUCCAGCCUUUUUUCUGUUCCUAGUCUCAUUUUUUGAUGUGACUGAAGAGAGAACUCUUCUUGGAUUGUCACUAGUCUCCUUGUCAGGAGUAUCCCAGAUCAGAUUUGUCAGAUGCUCAGAAUCCGUCACCACCUCAUCCGUAGCUCACUUGUCAUCCUGCUGACUUUCAAACUGAAACAAUUAGUUUGCCUUGAGCCAUGGCCAAUUUUUUUGCUGCUGUAGGAUUAGAUAGACUCUAAUUGAGUAGAUGAUCACCAUAGUUUUAUGAUCCUCUGCUGUUAAAUCUAUGCCAAGUUAAAGAUUUUUUUCUUCUAUCACCUCUUUGGGGGACUUCAGCUGAAUCUAGAGGCAAAAGGUCACAGAGGAGAUAAGCAACCACCACACUGAGAAUGGAAUUUACAGUAUAAUAUAGAGAGUCCUUAAUAUCAAACAAUUUAUAAACAAUGUUUUACAGAUUGUUUUACACACACACACAAAGACACACACACACACACACACACACACACGGAUAAGACAAGCGCACAAUGGACUUAUGUAUAAGAACCAUGUGUUCUCUCCUAAUCAGGAAAACAUCCUUAUUUGGUAAACAAUCCAGCUGGAUUGAAGCUCUUACACUUAAAUAUAUGGCUAUACGCUCAGCAAAAUGGACUCUUGAUGUAUGCAUAAGAUCCUUAUACCAAUAAGAAAUAAGUAUAUGUUUCCCCAGAUCCAUCUCCCAAAACUUAGACGUUUGUUAGCUAUUUAUAACUUAUCAAAAUAAAAAAAAAGUCACUAAAAAAGCAGUUUGUUUUUAAUAUGUCGGUAUGAGGUUUUGUUUAAUGUAUUUGUAACUCAGCUGUUGGACCUGUCACAAAGAAUUUUUGUUUAUGUGUUGAACUGAAGCAGUGGAGGCAAAUAAUCUACGGUCUGAACCGACACAUCUGAACACAUUAGUAAAGGAUAUUAAUGGGCGAGCGUCUUGUUUGGAAAAGAAACCACAAUGCCCCGAUAGUACAUUCUGUUAAGCAAAGUUUUCGGCAAAUGUUGAACUACACAUUUUCAUUGUGCACAUGCAGCAGCAGCAUUGACGUGACUGAGUUUUGCAGUUGAAGGAUAGGUCUGAUCUAUAAAUCAAUCAUGUGCAUGCAAAGCAGCCUCUCCUACAUUCCUUGAUGCUGUAAACAGCCAAGCAAUGAUUCAUCAAACUGAAGUCCUCUUGAUGAGAAAAUUGAGCCGCUGAAGACUUCUAUGUUCAGAAUAAUGCAGAAGAAGAUGCUGUCGUUCAUUCACGUUCUUCUGGCAACUGUAAUAUGUAGGUACUGCCCAUGCGUGUACAGACAUGUUCCUUGCCCUGAAAUGUUCACAGUUAAAAGGACAGAUUUUUUUGGACUGUACUCGUGUUAAUUACAAUGUAAAAGUCCUAUACUAAUGAGGUAAGCCCAAACCAUGCCCUUCCAGACUCUUAUGGGGUUUUGUUGGUUCAUAAGUGUCUUUACUGGGACUGACAGGACUAUUUAUGGAUUUGGGUUUUCUUCAAGGCUUCAGGAUAAGAUGCUAAGAAAACAAACAGUAUUUAUAAAGAAAAGCCCAAUCUGAAGGUCAAAACAUUUAUUAAAACCAAAUUUGAUCUAACUAAUGUUAAUUCCUAUUGACCUUGAGGAGAAGGAAGCUGGAUAAGGAAGCACUGAAAUGCGAUACAAUGGGUGUGUUUAUAGAGAAGUCAUUUCAUGGACAAAUGAAACCCCAUUUCCUAUAGCGAUGUCCAUGUCCAGUGGGAUGAGGUCCUGCAGCUGGAGAGGUACUGACACUGAUCCUCUCUCCCCUGUUAACCCAUAUAUUUUCUCAAAAUUCCUGAGAACACCAGGGCCAAAUUUGUUUGAAGUUGGCAAACAGUUUUGGAGGUCACACACACCAUUUUCACAGAAGCUUCAUCCUAAAGUUAAAGUAGGUCCACUGCACCUACAGGUUCCUCUGUGUGCAUACACAAACUGAUUUUUGCUAAUUAAAAUUAUUCAGAUGCAGGUACAAAUACUCCUAGAUUUAAUGUAAUCACUAGCUAAACCAGGAUGGGAGCGGGGAGCGUUGUUCUGCAUUUUCAGGAGGGGAUCUGUGCACGUCCGUCUGUACGAAAGCAAUAUGAUUCCCUCCUACAGACAGAUGAUAAAUAUCAUGUAGGCUCUUCUCAGCUGCAGACUCCUUGGCUGAUCCUGUUGUCUUUCUGUCGUCGUUAUUCUCACGGGCAGCAGGAGCUCUGCAGCAAUCCUUCCUUUAGGCCCUACGUGGGAGGAGGUGUGAGAGCGCUCAGCCCCUGCAGCCCCGCUCAAACCCUCACCCUCUGUUUCACCGGGGACAAGCACUGGGAACCUUCUGAACACCUCAGAACAGCUCAAGACUUUACCCAUGUGGAUGCUAAGGCCUCCAAAAUUAACCAGCCCAUGGAGGACAGGAGAUUUAAGAACGUGGAGACAACUGAGAGGAGAAGAAUCUGGGCUAACAGAGCUUCUUAUCAAGGUUUGCACUUCUGCAGCGGUGAUGUAUUGCCAGGUGAACAGAGAUUACUGUGGAGAGUGUCUUUAUGUCAGCUCUUGGUGACCUGUGCUGUGGUGAAGCCUGUGAAAAUGGUAAGUGAUUGCAGAGAAGCAUUAGCCAGGCCAACAGGACUGAGAAGCCCUAGUUUAGACUAAAAGCUUUUCAGGGCAUCAAGUGUCUCUCUGCCUCAGUGUGUUAAGGACUCAGCAUGGUAAUCCCUUGAUACUGUUUGGGGCCUGCGGGUAAUGCAGCUCUAAAGAUAAGAGCUGUUUCUUUCUAAUUCAUCCCUCUUGUCCAUGUGCUGUUCUUACAAACAGGAAGGGAAUGCCCAAAAAAAAAAAAAAAGUCAACAAGAAGACUUCAGGAAAAUGGAAAAUGUACUGUAAUGAAAACGUACUGUAAACCUUGGCGCUAGGAGGCCUGGUGUAGCAGAGCUGUGCUGAAGCAAGGCAGGGGUAGAUGAUUCUUUCAGAGCAGAAGCAAAUUCACCUGCCAUCCUCUUUUGGUGACCUCCAGACAUAACCACAUUCCCUUCCCAGCAUGGGAAUGGGCAUGGACAGGCCUCCCCAGCCACACAGCUAUGAGAAAGGAUUAAACAAGCUACCCCACAUCUGCCAGACGAGAAGAGCCUGCAUGCAGAGCAGCUUUCCCUGAGGGCAGAGAGGCAGGCAGGGGUCAGUAGGUCCAGCCACAAAUAUAUCCGGAGAAGGAAGGACCCUUGUUUAUGAGCAGAAACAAAUCAUAUGCUGCUCUUAGCACUGACGUUCACAGCCCAGAUUCAGCCUCAGUGUCGUCGUUAGCGGCUGCCUCCCCGAAAAGUCCGUGGGGGCUGCAGAGAAGGGGGCUGCGCGGGGAAGGAGCGCCGUGUCGAUCCAUGAUUUGCAAGUCUGCAGGGGCAAGUCCAGGACUGACGCAAGGCAUCACUUUGACUCGUCAAGGGCGCUUGGCCUGCAAGACAGCACUGCCCAGGGCCAGGCCCUGCUGUCCACUCGCCUUCCCGCGACCCAUGAGGGGAGGGCUGAAAGCACUGGGCUGGUUUAGUGCCCACAUGAGAAGAUCAAUGGGAGGUGUUGCAUCAGCCUUCAAACACUGAGAAGUUUGCUAUAUGGCACAACAGGAAUAGACCGUUCCCCAUGCUCCACUGAAAUAGAAGGAACGGGUACAAACUGCAGCAACAGAUUUGGGGAUGGCACAAAGGGAAACAAAGGAAAGGAAAGAGCAGCAAAGCAGAGGAAUAGCUUCUUUUGAGGAGAUUGUGGGAGGUGGUGAGGAGCAGUACAGAAAAACCUAUGUUAGGAAUGAUAAUCAUUUGUUGAGUCUGCUGGGCGGAAGAGAGAUGGACAAGAAGAGCUGUGAAAGUGCUCCCCAGGUCUGUUUUAGAUUUACGUGUGCCAGUCAAGAUGUGGGCUCUUUUGGUUUUUUUCUGUCGUUUUGUUUCGUUUUUUAGUGUCUGGCUGUCUGAUUGGUAUGACUGCAACAGGGGUUGUCCAAAACAAAUAGUUCAAAAUGCUCAUCAAAGAAGGAACUGCAUUUCUCCCUCAAGGCAGUUUGGAUUUCAGAGGACGGCUUUGGGAGUAAGGAAGAGCAGAAGCAAACCCUAGGUCCUGGAAGAGUGAUUGCAUCUGAGCUUUUUAGGGCAAGAUUAACUGUUCUGCGUGCACCUAGUUUGAGGCAUUUCUGUAAUACCACAGAGAGGAACCCUCUUCAAGCGCUGCAGAAGGGAAACACAGAAACCCAAGUAUUUCAAGUGGCUUUAAACUACUGGGCUAUAACGAGUCAUCUUCCCCAUGACCAGAUGGCGUGACGAAGCAGCAAAGGCAAGGCCAGGAACCCAUUUCAGGCCAGACUUCAGGUCUGUGGGCACCUGGAGUGAGGACCCCACACCAGAUCCCAUGCCAGACCCUGAAUACAAGACCUUUCUUUCCUUUUGGCAAUGGCUGAGGUCAUAUGAAUGGACCCAAAAAGUCCAUGCAAACACUUUGUUCAAGGAGGAAUACUCAUUGCCUGGGCCGGAAGGCAGAACUUGGCAGACAACAAGAGCUUCCCUGCUGUCGAGUAUGUCCCUCUGGGAUGUGUUAAUAUCGUGGGACAGUGGAGAACCACCAUUUCUCUUUAUCAAGCAUAGUGGGAGAUGCACAACAGCUGGCCACCAGCAUCAUCCAGAGUGCUAGAAGUGUGCUGCA